AUGUCGACCGAAGAUAAACAAGAUGAUCAUAAUGCGCAAAUAAAUAUUACUUCUGCUCCAAAUUCAUCUGGAUUGUUAAGUGAGAGUACUGAACACCCUGGUCUUGAAUAUGUUACAACUGAUGCUAUUGAAAAGAAUAUUCUUGGAGACAAUCCUUUUGUCUCUGAGAGUGAAAAAAAUGCGAUUAGAUUUCUUUCACAUCCGAUCACUUGGAUCAUAAAUACCCUUGGCAUAGUAAAAAUGAAUCCAGUGCACCUUUUGUUAUUGUUUAUUAUCCCUGCCGCGAUAAUGCAUAAGUUCUAUCUUUGCUUUUUUGCGAUCAUACCGUUAUCUAACAUAAUGACAAUAGCCAUUGAAGAUUUAACCGCCAGAGGUCAAACGCCCUAUGCCGCUGUUCUGCACGCUUUUUCCGGAAAUUUUGUGGAACUUGUUAUUGAAACUGUAGCAUUGAUGGACGGAAGAUAUAAU